AUGGCGUGGGACCACCUCUCCAUCAACCGGCCGCACCUGGUCUACAUCAUCCUCGGCGGCUUCACCUCCCUGUUCAUGCUGUGCUCCUCGUUCAUCAAGGAGCGCCUCUACAUCGGCGAAGCAACCGUGGCUACCAUCUGCGGGGUCAUCUUUGGGCCGCAUGCCGCGAACCUGAUCAACCCAGGAACGUGGGGCAACACCGAUCAAAUCACGCUCGAAUUCUCCCGCAUCGUCCUCGUCGUGCAAUGUUUCGCCGUCGGUGUCGAAUUGCCAAAGUACUACAUGGAGAAACAUUGGAGGAGUGUGGUGUUCCUAUUGAUACCCGUCAUGACGUUCGGCUGGUUGGUAACAAGUCUGUUCAUAUGGUGGAUGGUUCCUCCGCUCGAUUGGCUACAGAGUCUAUGCUGCGCGGCUUGUGUCACGGCUACGGACCCUGUGUUGGCCAGUUCCGUGGUUGGCAAGGGGAAGUUUGCGAAGAGGGUGCCGAAACAUCUGAGAGACAUCUUAUCUGCUGAGUCCGGAUGCAAUGACGGUAUGGCUUUCCCGUUCAUCUACCUGGCCCUGUACAUCAUUGAAUACAGGCACGAGCCCCACGAGGUAGCCAAGAACUGGAUCGUUAUUACCGUCCUCUACGAGUGUGUCUUCGGUGCUUUGUAUGGAUUUCUGAUCGGCUAUAUCGGCAGACAUGGCAUCAAGUAUGCCGAGAACCAUGAUCUGGUUGACAGGGAGAGCUUCCUCGUGUUCUAUUUCGUUCUGGCACUGUUCUGCGCUGGCUCGGGCAGUAUUCUUGGAGUUGAUGAUCUGCUCGUUGGCUUCUCAGCAGGCGUUGGUUUCUCGAAUGAUGGCUGGUUCACACAGAAGACGGAGGAGUCACACGUUUCCAACGUUAUCGACCUGCUCCUCAACUUGGCAUACUUUGUUUACUUAGGUACGAUCAUUCCCUGGGAACAGUUUAAUGAUCCGAAAAUUGGCACGACUCCGUGGAGACUGGUGGUCAUUGCUAUUUUCGUGAUUUUCUUCCGCCGAAUCCCAAUCAUGCUAGCUCUGAAGCCUGUCAUACCGGACAUCAAAACUUGGCGAGAAGCCCUCUUUGCAGGUCACUUUGGGCCUAUUGGAGUCGGAGCUAUCUUCGUUGCUAUCCUCGCAAGGGCCGAGCUCGAAACAGAAAGCGCAACUCCUCUCGCGUCAUAUCCACCUACUGGCGCGAAGAAUGCUGAGCUCGUGGCUCUCAUCUGGCCCAUUGUGACUUUCCUGGUCAUUUCUUCAAUCAUCGUGCAUGGUUCUUCCAUUGCGGUCUUCACGCUGGGAAAGCGCAUCAAUACCUUGACUCUCACGAUGUCUUACACGACCGCCGGCGACGAGGGUCCAAGUUGGCUAAACAGACUUCCUCGAAUCUCAUCCGUUUCACGAUCGCAAGCCAAAUCAUUCGGAUCAGAGAGCGAAGCAGAGGGACCUAGACUGGAAGAUCUUCCUCCCGGGCUUUUGCCACCCAUCGGACUUAAAGGUCAACUAUUGCGUCGACAAAAAGAAGAGGACAGUGGCAGCCGAGCCUCGUCUAUUAUUCCACGACGACGGAGGAAGAGGUGGGAUGAUGGACAAAGACCUGGAGGACCGAUCAGCCAGUCUGCCAUCUAUCCCCAGCGACGUAGUGAGACAUUCACCGAACCAAGAUCCCCGACGUUAAGCCCAGGCGAAUCGCCUGAGAAUGAGGAGGACGACGAACAUACCGAUGAGGAGGCGGCGCAUGAGAGAAGCCGUGAAGAACACGAAAAGGACGAAGAAGGCGAAAAGAACGAAGAACUCGAAGAAAUUCAGCACGGUCCCGAAAUGGAGGAAUCAACGCACAGGCCCUCUCAUGAGGAGGGUAGGACCAGACAUACAUCGAAGGCCGAGCAAUACCCUAAUGCUGCUAAUAUCUAUCAGGAAGGAAGUGAUAUAAUCAUCGAGGAUGAGAAUGGUGAGGUACUAGCGACAGAGAAAGUAUCUCCUGGCCUGAGGGAGAAAGAAAGCCUGAGAGAGAAAGAAGAACAUCUGAAGAAGAAAGAAAAGAAAGUCCAAGAACAUUUGGAACAUCCUUCUCACGCCUACAAGGAUUUGAAGAAGAAACUCGGUGUCUGGCGGCAAAAGGAUGAGGCUGAAGGCGAAAAGGAAGAAGAACCAAAGCGUAAGCGUGGCCCAGCACUAGCUUAUCAAUUUGGCAAUACUAUCAUCGUGGAAGACGAAGAUGGAGAAGUGGUGAAGACUUACGAACUACCAUCGAAAUCAAAGCAACAAGAUGAAGGCAUUGUCCGACAUGGUCUCAAGCUCAUGGCUGGUCUGACUGGCAAACAACCCGCCCCGACCGCAGAAUCUAGCAAGAUGGGCGCCACUUCCAACGAAGGCCCUUCUCAAGCGGGACCUGCCCGCCAAGGCAUAACACGAAGGGCUACGUGGGGAUUCUUAGGCAGACACACCGAAGCUGCAAAAACCCCCGACGAUGAUGAAGAAGACGAUAGACGAAUCCGCUUUACGAUAGGUGGCGCAGGGCGGAGAUUGAACAAGGAUGAUUUCCUAAAGGAGAUUCAAAGUUUAGAUCCGAAAUCUAGGUCCGAAGUCGUUGCAGGGAGUGAUGCGCCGGUAUCAAUGAAAGCCAUGGCUGAGAAGGACGCGGAUACGAAUAUUCCCGGCCAUAAUCGCCUGCUUGGAGCGAAGGACAUACGAGUUGCUCCUGAGAAGGGAGCAGCCAAUAUUAUGGGGGCUGAGAUGGCGAGGCAGAGAGGCGCGGAUCUUGAUGAGAGCGACAUUGCAGACAUGAGGGUCCAGGAAGACGGCACGAGGAGAACGCGAGGGAGAGCCGUGCCCGAGUCGGCUGAAGGGAAGACCGAUGUUCCAGAAACUGCGACGGAGAGGAAGAGGAGGGAGAAGGCUCUGAGAGGUAUCGAUGAACCGAGAGGUCGGCCUGUAAUUCGGGACGAUGAGGAGAGGAGAGGAAGCGGAAGCGGAAGCCACAGAGGGGAAGAAGAAGUCGAAACAGCUGCAGAAAAGAGGAGACGAGAGGCAGCCCUCGGGGUCAGUGGUGGCAAUCAGGAGGACAGUGACGACGAUGAUACCCCACGAGUGCCACCGCCUGCUGCCCGAUCGAGGGGUAUUCGAUUCGCGCAGAGCCCGGUAAGAGGCAAGAAAUGA